GGGGGGCUGCGCUGGCGGGAUGCAGCGGGAGCAGCUGCGGGCCUGCCGGGCGGGGAGCUGGUGUGUGCCGGGAGGCGGCUCCCGGACCCGCUCCCUGCGGCUCAGUCCGCGCCCGCCGCUUCCCCGGAGGUGCCAGCUGGGGCUCCUCUGUGUUUCAGAGCUUGAAGCAGGGCGAAAUGCUUCAUGGUGAGGUCAGCAGGACAACAACAACGGGCAAAAUGACAGCUGUGAGGUAUGAACAAGGGACCCAGUCAAGAGAAUCAUCUAGCUCUCCAACAGCUGAAGAGGCCACAGUAAAGAUUGAUAAUGGUCGUGAUGAGGGUGAUGGACCAGACACCUGUUCCAAUGCAACUAGGAGAAAAAUUGCCCCAUUUGUGAUGUCAUUUGGAUUCAGAGUAUUUGGAGUUGUACUUAUCUUUGUGGACAUUAUAGUUGUGAUUCUGGAUCUGGCUAUGAGUGAGAGAAAGAAGGGCACAGAGAUUCCUGAAGGUGUUUCCCUGGCAAUAGCACUCUUCUUUCUCAUUGAUGUUCUCCUGAGGGUAUUUGUUGAAGGCUUCAGGAACUAUUUCCAGUCCAAACUGAAUAUUUUGGAUGCAUGUAUAGUGGUGGGCACCCUGUUAAUUAAUUUGACGUACUGCUUCUUAGAUGUUGGUGCAGCCCAGGAGAUACCAAGAAUGGUUAUUUUCCUCCGAAUUCUGAGAAUUGUCAUCUUGAUAAGAGUAUUUCGUCUGGCUUCGCAAAAGCAGCAACUUGAAAGGGUGACCAGGAGAAUGGUCUCUGAAAACAAAAGACGUUAUGUGAAAGAUGGCUUUGAUCUGGAUCUCACUUAUAUUACUGAUCGAAUUAUUGCAAUGUCAUUUCCAUCUUCUGGGAAGCAGUCUUUCUACAGGAAUCCCAUAAAGGAAGUUGCAAGAUUUUUGGACACCAAACAUCCAGGCCACUAUAAAGUCUAUAAUCUCUGCAGUGAGCAAGGCUAUGACCCCAAGUACUUUCACUACAGGGUGGAAAGGAUCUUCAUUGAUGACCAUAAUGUCCCAGCACUACAGGACAUGCUGAAAUUCACUGCCAGUGUCCGUGAAUGGAUGAGUCAAGAUGAGAAGAAUGUCAUAGCAAUUCACUGUAAAGGGGGCAAAGGCAGGACUGGAACAAUGGUCUGUACGUGGCUCAUAGACAGUGACCAGUUUGAGAGCGCAAAGGAAAGUUUGGACUACUUUGGGGAGAGAAGAACUGAUAGAAGCACAAGUACCAAGUUUCAAGGAGUUGAAACACCCUCACAGAGUAGGUAUGUUGGGUAUUACGAGAUCCUGAAAAACAAGUAUAACCUGGAACUCCCACCAGAGAGACAACUCAAAAUAAAAAACCUCAAAAUCCACACUAUACAUGGAGUUGGGAAAGGCAAUGGAACUGAUAUGAAGGUGCAGAUAAUAACAAGGAAGAGAAUUGUACUACAAUGUGUAUGUGGCAAUCAAAAGAACUGCAGGCUCUUCUUUGAUUCUGAAAGUGACACUGUAGUCAUUGGCUUGGAAGACUGCCCUGUUCUAAGUGGCGAUGUGAAAGUCAGAUUCGAAUGCAAUUCUGCUCUUCCAAAAGGCUAUGAUGGCUGCCCAUUCUUUUUCUGGUUCAACACUUCCUUUAUUGAAAAUAACAGACUCUACCUUCCCAGGAAUGAGCUGGAUAACCCUCACAAGUCUAAAACAUGGAAAGUUUAUAGUGAGACAUUUGCUGUGGAGGUGAACUUUAUUGAUGCAUAAGGGAAAUCUGAAAGAAGGAAAACAUGUAAAAUUCAUCUCUUUCCUGGAGAAUGUCUGUUUCAGUAUAAAGUGAAGCAGUGUCACUUGGAUGUCUCUACACAGAAAUACACUAAGUACAACUUGUCAAAUAAAGCUACAUGAAGUUC